CUGGAGUAUAGUCAGCCGCUAGAGAACUGGACAGUCAACCAUGUAAUUGAAUGGAUGGCAGCUCUCAACCUGUACCGCUACGUGGAGCUGUUCCGAGAGAAGAACAUCGCAGGGCGGGACCUCAAGGACAUGGAUGAGGAAAAACUCAUGGAAAUGGGCAUUAAGGACGAAUACCAUCAGAAGUCCAUCCUGGUGUGUAUAGACGAGCUGUGUGGGCAGAACUCGGACAAUCAACCGUAUGCCACCAGUCUUCCACCUCCCAACCAAUGUGUUGACAUGGAAGCUGAUGCAUAUUCUGCAGCAUCAUCUGAACACCGAUUUGCGGAGUACAAUUUCUCCUCCAUGCAACGCUGCCAUCUGUGUGAUAAGUUCUUGUACGGCCUUGUUCGACAAGGGCUCCAGUGUCGAGAGUGCGGCCUGUGUUGUCAUCGGUUCUGCUCGGCACAGAGACCCACGGAGUGUAAUGUGCCCAAACUGGAGCAGCUGCGUAGACCCAGCUUCUGUCAGAACUCUGUGUUUGGGAAUGAGCUGACAGAGGAGGUGACCAAGUCCCAUCUGUGUGUUCCUUGGGUGGUUGUCAAGUGUAUUGAAGACAUUGAGAACUGGUGCCAGGAUCACAAAUCUGAAGCUUUAAGUGUGUACAGAAUAUCAGCCAAGACAGAAGACAUCAACGAAGUGAAGGCAGUCUUUAACAUCGGUGACACAAGCCAGUUGAACCUGUCAUCUUACAAUGUGCACUGCGUAGCAGGUGCCCUCAAGAAGUACCUGCGGGAACUGCCCAAUCCCGUCAUCCCAGUGGAGAUGUACAGUGCCUUCAUUGGGGCAGCAAAAAACAAAGUGGACAUCAUCAAGUCUCUUCUGGACUUGAUAGAAGAACUGCCGCCUCCACACAAGUCAACGCUAGCGUACCUCAUGGGGCACUUCUGUCGCUUGUGGCGCUUCCAGCAUGAAUCAGGCGUCGUGGACGGCCUUGACAAGCUGUCUCACGUCUUUUGUCACAUACUGCUUCGGCCUCCAUGGGAAAAGAUCAUAGAGAUUGUCGACAACACAAAGACGCACAUUGACAUCUUUGAGGAGCUUCUGCGUAAUGGAAGUUGGGGAGAGGUCAUCCCCCCAAUCCCCUCCCCACCUGUGGUACCCCCUCGCAUUCGUCCGAUGGAGCAUCCUGCAACUGUGAUGUCACCUGUGACCCCUGAGGAGCGGGUGAAGGAGGCAGAGUGGUACUGGGGGGACAUCUCUCGGGAGGAAGUCAACGAGAAGCUGCGAGAUACCCCAGAUGGAACCUUCCUUGUCCGUGACUCGGCCACACCCGGAGACUACACUUUAACAUUGAGGAAAGGAGGGAGCAACAAGCUCAUCAAGAUCUACCAUCGAGACAAGAAGUAUGGGUUCGUAGAGCCCCUGGAGUUUAACUCUGUAGUGGACCUGAUCCAGUACUACCAGAACACGUCGCUGGCCAUCUACAACCGCACGCUGGACAUCAAGCUGCUGCACCCCGUCACCCGGGGAAUGGGUCCCGACAAUGGUAUGACAGAGGAUGUGAGCAAGGAAGUUAACAACUUGAUCCAGAUUAACAAGGAAUACCUGGAGAAGACCACAUCCUAUGAUCGUCUGUAUGAGCGCCACUCCAAGACAGCUCAAGAGCUUCAGAUGAAACAUCAGGCACUUGAUGCCUUCAAGGAAACACUGCUGGUCUUUGAGGAACAAAUGGACUUGCAUCGGAGAUUUCAUAAAGAGGCAGCUCCACACGAAAUCCAAAAGCUGCAUGAGAACCUGGAGCUGCUGAAGUCGAGAUGCCUGGGGAUUCAGGAGAGUAAGAGUGGCCUGGAGGUUGACAUUAACAGAAAGUCCAGUUACAAUCGCUCACUAAUCAGUGAAAUGAACAGUUUGAAACCUGAAAUAAAACGCUUGUAUCGUCAACGAGAACAACUUAAAAAGUGGCUGAUUGAUCGUGGCAAGCCUGCAGACUUCCUUGACAAUCUGUUAGAGGGAAAGAAAGAAAGUGUGUGUGACCCUGCGUUGGAGCCGGAGUACAAUCUACCUAACCAUGAUGAAUCAAUGUGGCUCGUCAACUGUCAUCGAGAGAAGGCAGAAGACAUGCUGAAGAAGCGACCUGAUGGGACGUUCCUCAUCCGGCCCAAGAAGGAGGAGGGAAAUGUGCAUGUGUUAUCUAUUGUGUUUCGUGGGAAGGUUGGACACUGUAAAAUUUACCACAGUGAAUCAGGUUAUGGCUUUGCGGAACCAUACUUCAUUUUCCAAACUCUUAAAGACUUGGUGUCUCAUUACCAUAAGACAUCGUUAGCUGAACAUAAUAAUGACUUGGAUGUUAAUCUUAUGUACCCGGUGCGAGCUCCACCUCUUUCAUCAGAACCUGUGUACUUGCGAAUGCAUACGCCGUGAGUACGUGCACUUACACCAAGUGUUGUGUGAAUGUGUAGAAUGACGGUCCACAUUGAAGAGGAGUUAUCUCCCCUUGUGUCAGCUAUUUUUGGAGGAUGUUGAAUAGAGAGGAUGUGAUACUGCAUGACCGAAGACCUUUGGAGACAUGUUUGCCAGCAAGACAAAUCAAUAUUCAGAAUGGUGUCUUAGUGUGCUCAUGUGUCAUGGAUCCACCAUGUCAGACUGGGAUGUACGUGAACUCCAUCGGUGGCUACAGUGUGUGCGUCAGUCGCUUGACACGGUGUCCGCUGGGGCACACUUUGUGAUAUUCUCAUAACAGAAAGUUAAAACUAUUUUGCUAAAUGCUUUCACAACAUACUACUGAUGUUAUGUACUGUGUGCGACUUUACAUUAAGACGGGAACAACUGUUUCCGCCCCUGUCAUAAUAACUGCAUAGGCAGUCUUUACCUAGAAACUGACCCAGUGAUGGACAACAUGCAGUGAUGUGUGGUCACAAGGUGAACAUUACACAGGACACUCCACACUACACAACAAAUAUGUGAUAAAUAGACUCACCAAGGGCCAGCCGACUGGGGUCAGCAGGGUGGAGGAGGCUUACAAGACUGUGUUCCUACUAUACCUUCAGGGAUCACUAAGGUGCAAGCAGGCCCUCUUCUCAAGCUGGUCCGCAUCUUCACACAGUAACCAUGGUAACUUGUGGGUUAAGCUGUGGUCUCCUAGCUCUGCUGGACUCAUUUCUAACAUUAUAUUUAUUGUACACACAGUCGGCUGUAAGCUGCAAUGUGUUCAUAGCGAAACUACAGAGCACCUGGUGGUCAGUGUUCUUACAACUACUCCGUCUGUCUGCAUCAUGAGGUCCGCUUCUCGACUCGUCUGUGCUAUCGUGCUCUCCCAUUUAAACCUUUUGCAUGUAAAUGUGCUAACAAAAACUGACACAAAUGGCAGACAAUUUGUCCCAGAAGCCAAAGAUUGCUUUGUGUUAAUUCAACUGGAUUCUUUAAGCCUGUGUUUCUGUUGUAUCAAACUGAUUUUGUAUUCAUGGAUACAUCUGACAAAUGGCAUAUCAUUACAAUUAUUAAAUAUUUGUUAACAAAAUGGACCAUAUUGCAUUCACAAAUCAACAGUAGAAGCUUCAAGAUGGAGUAAAUCAUAUACACUAUUUUUACCAAAAUUUUCAUAUUCUAUUAAUAUAUUGUCAUAUUUCUUAUAUCAUUACUUUCUCAACAUCCCCUUUCUCCUCACAAAGAAUGACAAAGCAGUGCCUUUAAGUGCCAUCUAAUUUAUUAUCGCAUAUUUAUAUCUUGAAAAAGAACAUUUUUUCAGUUCUAACAAUUUUUAAAGCUUGAAUGUUUGAAAAUGAUAUUUUUUCAGUGAUUCUGAUUUGGAUGAAAAUGAAAAUAAUCUUGCUAUAAUAUUGUUUUAGAAUUGUUUGUAAGUCAACAUGUUGGUAAUACUAUAAAUUGUAUGUGCAAUAAGAAAGAGAGACUUAUUCUGAAGCUGAGAUGACUUUGGGUAGUGUUUAAUGUUAAGUAAAUCGGCUAUAUCUGUGUUCUUCAACCUUUGUCAGAUCAUCAUCGUCAUCUUCUUGUGUUCAUAUCAAAGCCACACAAACAUCUCUAGUCACCAUUCAUUGAUGCCAUUCUUCACUUGCAGCAUAACUGUAUUCGUAGUGGCCUAUCCUUCAUCUCCAACUGUGGUCUGGUCCUCCUCUGUGAUGGACAGGUCCAUGUUUGGAAGGAGGGAUGGCAGCUUGUUUUGUCAGUCUAUUACCAUGUACAUAGCAUAAUGAAUUCUACCAAACUGUUAUGCCUGCAGGACUUUCCCGCAUUGUGCCUCAAUCAUACUGUACAGGUAGCAUGAAGCUGAAUGAUGAUGAAGAUACAUAAAAUAUGUUGAAAUA